UUGAAAAAGUGUUCGUUUUGAGUGUCAAGUAUCCAGGAAAGAAAUCGUUGACUAAAAUUUAAGUGAUUCGGAGAAUAUUCUUUAUUAUUCGUACGAGUUUCUACUAAUACACGUAUUGUUUCAAGGGGCAAAAUAAGAUGUCGAACGUCAAAAAACAACGAUUUAACUUUCACGAAGUGACUAUUUUCAACGAGAACGGAGAAUGUGUCGUCGUAUCACGAACAUCAUUGAUACAAAAUGGAGGAUUGCUGAAAAACUUCAUAAUUGUGUGUCCGAAUGAAAUGAAGUUUAUUCUGAAAUUACCUCUGACAUUGGAAAUGCUGAAUGAAUUUGCAGGGUUUUUGGAGAAAGAAGAUGUUAUUCUUACUUCUGCGGAUAAUGGAUUCGAAAUGUACCUCAUCGGCAAACGUUACUUCAUUAGCCAACUGCAAAGAAUGUGUUUCCAUUAUCUUACAGAGUCGAUUUUCUGCACAAACAUUUGUCGCAUCCACGAUUUUGCUUGCAGACACAACGCAAAACAAUUGCAGUUUCAUUCUUGGCGAAGUUUCCGUUGGUUCCAAAAGAACUAUUUCCACACAGACGAUUUCAAACUUUGUGAAGAAAGUACCAUUUACAAGUUGUUGAAGUGCUCCGUCUUUUCCACAAUAGAAGAAUCUGAUUUGUUGCGUGCUCUUCUUGAGUGGGUCGAGCAAAAAUUUUGUAAACUGAGAAAAACACACGACGACAUUUCGAAGGGAGAAAUAAUAAGACCGUUCCUGCCGUUGAUUAGAUUCUCUAUGCUGGAACCACGGUUAAAAGAACAGCUUUUGAACUUGAUUAGCAAUGUUUGCAUUUCGACAAAAGAAGUUAAAUCCAUAAGAAGAUAUCAAAUUCAAAAAAAUGUCGCGACUCUUCCACCAAUAAUAUCUGCUUACGCUAAACCGAGAAGAACUACUGAAUAUUCUUCGUUAAUUGCCGAAAAUUCCAUGACGUAUGAAGUGUUGAAACGAAAUACAAGAAUGAAACCAACUUUUCUGUUUAUGGCUGAUUUCUGGGUUUCCAAAAGUUGUGUGGUGAAUGCGAUUGCUCUGCCAAUUAGCCAUCGAAACCACGAAGGAAUAGAGGUUUUGGUCGGUAUGAAGUCGACGUAUUCGCAAGAUUUCGUCUACGAAAGAGAGAUCUGUGGUAUGGACGGAUUUGUAUCUUUUCGAAAAAUGAAAUAUUUGCGGCAGCGCAGCUUUAACAUAUUUUUAGUUAAGGUUCCGAAGGAAGAAAUAAAAUCGACCUUCAUUGAGGUAUUAAAAAGUACUCCCGAGUAUAUUCCGAUAUACGAACUCCCAGAUGAAUCUAUAAGAUUAUUAGGGGUGAAAAGAAUAUUCAAUUGUGGAAUUUCUUCUAUUGUCUAAACUUUGUAAAAGUGCUUAUUAUCGGAUACUUUAUUUACAUUUAACACGAGGUAUGUUUUCCUUUCUCCUCCACAAAGUUUGUAAUUGAACUGACGUCGGUGGUUUUUACAGAAUACGAAAAUUAAUUUUGGAUGUUUAAAUAAUUAUACAAUGUAAAUAUUUAGUAUACGUGAAGUAACUUUUGUAAACGAAAUAAUUUUCGUAAAA